AAAACUUUUAGAAUUGUUAUUGCACUAUAACCUACGUCUAUUUUAAAGACUUUAUUAUUUUAUAUAUUAGUUUAUUAUAAAGUUUGCGGUUAUAUAAAAAUACACACUGUACCUACCUGUGUACUACUAAUAGCCCCCGUUCAGGUCUAACAACGGAACUUUCCACUGAGCACGCCCCGCAUGCUCUUUGCCAUUUUUAUUUUUAUUUUAUUUACUAAAGAGCUAAUGAUAAAAUACAAUACAACUUAUCUACCAGCGGUGGCAGCAUGGUUCCAUUUUUAUCACUUGUUACUAUGCCUGUCACUUUCGCGCUUACAUACUUGUUAGAACGUGACAGGCAUGAUGACAAAUGAUGAAGAGCCGACCAUCAUAGCCCUACAGUGGGGCUCUUUUCUGUCCAGUGAUAAGUAGAUAUUUCGUCGUUAUCUAAUGAUUAGAGGAUAUUAAUCUUUAUUAGUGUAAAUAAAUUGCAAUGUUACUAUCUAAAUAAUCAUUCUAACACUUUGACUAACAGUUGUGUCUCACAACUACGUUUCAUCAGUUUUUCUUUGUUCCCGUUACAUCAAACAGAUUUUGAAAACUGGAAAAAUAAAUAUAAUGGAGAAUAAAGUGAAAAUUGAAGAGCUGGAUUCAGCAACUAAGUCUUUCGAAGGUUACCGUUUUCGAGGCCCUUCCGGCAGUACCGGUUACCUUAUGCCUAAACCUUACAAAGAGCUUGCGGACAACAUCUUGAACAUGACUGUGCGACCUGACGACGUGUGGGUGACUGGGUAUCCUCGGUCUGGAACCACGCUCACACAAGAGUUGGUCUGGCAAGUGGCGAAUGAAUGUGAUUUCGUGACAGCUUCCAAAAUUCCUUUGAUGGCACGUUACAUGUUUCUCGAAGGAAAAAUGUCAGUUAAUUUACUCAAAUCAAAGCUGAAAGGCGAAGUGUCUGAACCUAUUUAUACUCAGGAAGCUAUAGACGCAGCGCCUUCGCCUCGGUUUAUAAAAACUCAUAUGCCCUUCUCGCUUUUGCCCUCGAAUCUACUGGACACCACUAAAGUAGUGUACAUAGCCCGAGACCCGAGGGAUGUAGCAGUAUCUCUUUAUCAGUUCAUAAAAAAGUUGAUGCAGUAUUUUGAAGAGUUCAAAAGUUUUUGGAAUCUUUUCUACAAUGAAAUGGUUAUAUAUUCCCCAAUUUUGGCGCAUAUAAGAGAAGCGUGGGACCUCCGUCAUCAUCCAAAUAUGAUGUUCAUAUUCCACGAAGAUAUGUUAAAGGAUGUACCCUUAUCUAUCAAAAGAAUGGCAGAUUUCCUUGACAAGAAGUUAACGGAUGAACAAAUCGUUAAGCUUAGUGAACACUUGAGUAUUAAGAACUUCAGGAAAAACGAGUCUGUGAACCCGACAUGGAUAAAUAAGGGCGGUGACCCCAAUGCUGAGGGCUUUGUUAGGAAAGGUGAAUCGGGCGCAUGGCGCGAGCAUUUCGACGAGGAGAUGACGGCGCAGGCGGAGCGCUGGAUGCGCGAUAACCUCGCCGGCUCCGACCUUCAUUUUCCCGACUAUGCCUCCUAGUAGAUCGCACAGGUCUACAAUGUGAAAGACGCCUGUCAAAUAUCGAAAGUGUAAUCAAAAUCUGAAUGAUAUCAAGUGUUAUUGGAAGUAUUACAUUCAGAAAUAAUAUAUGAUUGCUUAAUUUA